ACCGAGAUGGACACCGCCAAAGACGCCUGACAGUUUUUGUCUUUAUCCUUGAUUUUUUGUCGUUAUUCUUAAAUGUUAAAAUGUUUAUACAGCACACAGGACCGCGGGUGUAAAUGGAGGCCAUGGAAGAUGACAGUUUGGACCUAAAAGACGAUCACAACCACAACUAUUGUGCGAGCAGCAGCAGCAGCAGCAGCAGCAGCAGUAGUAAAGUCCGCACGUAUCUGAGCAGCCAGCUCUCGGAUGUAACGACAGUCCCGCAGUCCGCCUGUCCGCCGGUACCGGGAGGAGAACCUGGGACCCGAGGAGAGAAACCGUGGUCCGGCACCACCGGGUCAAAGUUCAUGGACUCGGAUUCAAGCAGUGAAAGCAGCGAAGUCAGCGAGACUGACUGCAGGGCUCCGCCAGCCGCUGUUGAGGGAAAAUUCAGCCUUGAUUCUACUUCCAAGUUCCUUCUUAAUGCAAUGGCUGUAGAAGACUACCGCAAAAACCACUGGCCAAACCUGGAGAAGGCAAUUGACCGUCUGCUGAUCCAGAACCCCACAGACCACAUCUCUGUUUCUUAUGCACAGAUCUACAGUUACGUCUACAAGUGUGUUUGUCAGCAGCACUCUGAGCUGCUCUACAAUGAUUUGACAUUGAAAAUAACAAAUCAUCUACAACAGGUUUCCACUCAUCUACAAGCCAGCCCACCUGAGGACUUCAUUGAGAACUUCAAUGUUGCGCUGACGCAAUACACAGCUUCUCUUCAAUGUAUAGUUCCUGUAUUUAUGUACUUGAACAAGUUCUACAUCGAGUCCAAGCUGAACAGAGACCUGAGAGAGGAUCUGAUGAAGCUGUUUGCCGAUCACGUCGCAGAAAUACACGUGAACACACUGAUGCCUCUCCUCCUCAAGGCACAUUCCAUGCCGUUUCAAGUGCAGCCAUCUACAAUGGCCAGUGUGGUUAAAGGCCUCCACAGCCUCCGACCAGACUGGGCCCUGUUGGCCCCGGCUCUCUUCUCUGGGUUUAUCCCCCAAAUAAACCCUCCUGCUGUGGAGUCUCUGCUGCCCGACUACGCCGCUCAUGACCAGAAGUUACAGCUGGAGCUCUCCAUGAACGGAUUUCCUCGAGGUGACCAGUCUCGCAAAAGGGCCAGCGAUGACUCCUGAUAGCAGAGUCCCCAGAUUCGUCCCCAGAACUAUUACUGUGCCUCCUACAUCUUUAUCACGAGUUGGCUCACUGGACUAGCUACAAUGUUGACAACAUGUGUCAGUUUCAUCUCUCGACUCAAGGUUACAAAACACUGUGAACAACAACACAAAAAAAAGAGAACAUGAUGUUGAGUUGUGUAGCAGAAGCUUAAUCUUACUGCACUGAAACAAAACAAAAAAAGCACACAGACUUCCAUGGUGGUGCUGUUCCUCUGAGAUGGGUGUCUUCAUGUUCUCCUCAUUUGAAGAGUGCCUUCACGGUGCCUUCUGAUCGGAUAUCCUACCGAUGGAUACGCCGAUGAUGGGUAUUUCAUUCCUAACCUUUAACAUGGAAGUGUCUUUUUGAUAUACUGGGCUAAUUGAGACUUUCUAUUGCUGCUAAUGAUACUGUCCGUGUGAUAAUACUACAACUCCCUCAGUUUUCACCCACUGUGUCUGUAACCCAGUGGCGUCACUCGACUCCAAUGAGCGGGAGGAGACCCGAGAACGCGGGGAGCUAAGUCGCCGACCUCGGCUAUGAUUCUCUUCUUCAUGUUGCCUUUACUGUGUUGGUAAACCGGAUUGUAUUUUCCUGUUACGCCAAAGAGGAUUUGCAAUUUUUCUUCAAUAUAUAUAUAUAUAUAUAAUGCAUUGGAUCCAUGCUGGCAUUGUUUAAUGUUGCAUACCGGCUGAGCCACUGAGCCAUUUCGUUAUUAUUUUAUUUUUAAACUAGCAAGUUUUGAGCUGACCUGUUUUGUUUUGUUUGUUUCUUCGACUUGAAUCAAAUUCUAACUUUAGAUAUCAGCCUUGCAUGUAGGACAUUACACUGUUUGCCAGACAGCUUAAACAACCACAGAGUGGUGUUUGACAAUUUCAAAAUUUUACUUCAGUUUGUUUGACAACUUGCCUAAAGCGUCCCUAAACUGUAAAUAUAUCAAAUGAUGCUUGGAUGCAUGGAGUUUACAGAAUUAAUGAUAUGCAAAUAUUGUCUGGCGUGCUUGUGCAUUAAACGUUCCUCACAUGUCUGGCCUUGUUCAGGAUGUAGAUAGUUUUUGGUCUCUGCAUAGUGGUCAGUUUUUGUUAAAUGAUUCACUUGAAUAGAAGUAUUUGAUACAAAGGUCUUACACUGUUUUAAGUGUAAAUAGACGCUCAGGCUUGCUUUUCGUUUUCCGUCUGUGGGUUUUUUGGAAAUGGUUCUCAUUGUCUUUCAAAUAAGCUCAUUUCAUUCAUCAUGGGUAUACACGGAGGUGGUUUUGUUUCUCACUAUUCAAUAUUUUAAAUCUGGGUCUUAACAAAUGUUCUCCUGAAUAAGAAGGCAUUUUGAUAAACGGUAGAAGAAAGUCCGACUCGUUGCAGAUGCCAAACGUUGUUGUUGAUGUACUGUGUUACUUUCUCUCUAACAAGCUGCAACAAAUGUCCAUGUUGAAACAACUGAACUGUGAAUAAACUUCCACUUGGCUCAAAUUCA